UUCUCGUACAGAAGUCUCGCGUUGUCGUAAAGAAAACUGCGACUGGAGGGACUCGAAGGGAGCAACCGGCCCUGAGGCUGAGCUUAUUCGGAUUUCAGGCGAACGAAGCAUCGAUUACUAAAAUGACCAGAGGAAACCAACGUGAGCUUGCACGCCAGAAGAAUGCCAAAAAGCAGAACGAACAAGGCAAAGGGAAGAGAGGCGACGAUGGGCUGUCUGCUGCUGCCCGUAAGCAGAGGGACGCUGAAAUAAUGCAACAGAAGCAGAAGAAAGCGGAUGAAGGAGGGAAGCCAGGCUCAAAGACCAAGUAAAGACAGAAGCCCCAGUUGAAAUCAACUCAGUGUUUCAAGAACAUCCCACGUUGAGCAUUCUUCCUGAUAUUUAUGAAAAUGGAUCUGUCAUUUUUGUCUAGACUCAAGAAUCUAGGAUCCUACAUUCUUCCCUAUGGCAAAUGACAUUGCUUGUUGGAUUUGUUAUUUUACUUGGUGAAAUUAUUUCUGAGCAAGUUAGCGGUUGUCCAUUCUGAUGUUGCAUGCACAGGAGCAUCAGUGAUGUGAGCAGCAGGAGAGAGAUGAACAAUUCUUGGCGCAAAGCAUCUACGUAACAUUUGUGUAUUUUUGUACAAAAAUGUCCCCUGCUGGUUUCAAAUAAAGUGUAUCUUUUUAGUUCA